UUAAUUAAGAAAAUAGUAGUAUGAUUCUAGUAUGAUAAUUUCUCUUUUUUUGUUCUAUGUGGGAAAUGAACAAGACAGAAAAAGCUAUUGGCUUUUUAUCGUUUUCUUCUAUUAAUAUAUGAUUAUAUUAUACGUAAAACAUGAAACUUGAUCGGAUUUUGUCGGUUCUAAUGUAAAACUCUUGUAACUUGAUGCCAAAUGUCCAUUUUUUUUUAAUCAAGUACUGUGUUUUCUUUAUAUCUCUGGCCUCUGGGUGUUUUUUUAAUUGAGUAUAAUUCUGGUGAGAAAAGUGGGUCUACUAAAUGACACAUUUUGCUAAACAUCUACCCUCGUGCUUCGAGCUUCGUCACCUCUCGUGAUUUUUAUUAUAUUAAUAAGCGAAGAAAGCCGCAUUUCAUGCGAAAAUCUGGAAAUAAAACAACUUUUUAAGGUUUUCUUAACAAUGGAGGCUGAACUCUGAGUGAUCAGUAAAGUAUUAUCAGUGUUUUCUUCUUUUCCUUUUUUUUUUUUCAUAUGCAUAUCACUAAAUUUUCUUGUUCUUGCAAGCAUUGGAUCAGAUUCUAAAGAUUUUGCUCAAGAGGAGUAAACAGAGAGAGUAGAAGAAGAGCAUUGAGGAUUUUAAAUGGAGAAAGAGAUUUGUAGAAGACAUCUUUCAAGAGAAGGGAUAGGAUGUGUUUGGGUGUUUAUGAGCAUGUUUGAUUUCAGACAUGGUGGAUCUAACCAGAAGCUUUUGAUGGAUAAGAAACGUGGAAGCAAACGAAUCAUAGGUAAUAAUGGAAUGUUUGACACUAAGGUUGAGAAGCAGCUUACUUGUGACUGUGACUAUGACUGUGAGGAGAGUGAAGCUGAUAUGCAGAGUGUCAAGAAACUCAUAGAAGAUGAGAUUGAUGAGAAGACUAAGCAAAAGUGUGAGGCGAGAAACCGAAAGAGGAGAAGUAGGACCUGCAGCAAAAUCAGUGAGGAUAUCAAUGUUUUGAUUGUUGGUGAUGAUGAUGAUCAUGCAGAGAAAGCAGAUGAUCAGUGUCCGAGAAUUUCACAGAACGAGGUGGAUUUGGUACCUGAUGAUUCCGAAGAGAAGUUCAGCGAGUUGAUAAAGCGGUUGAUUGCUCAUAAGGAUAGCGAGGUAGGGAGCUGCAAGAAGAACCUGGACGAUGCAUUUCAGGUCUUGGAUUCUAAAGAAGAAUCAUUCUUGAAUAUCGGUACGCCAAUUUCAAGAGAUUCUCAGAGAAUCAAUGAGCUGACACAAUGUAGACAUACAAUUGUAAUUUUGAAGCCUGAACCAAAUAGCUUGGAUGUUGGAUCAUCACCUGGAACACCUUCUACAGACAACAAGACCAAAAAUGGGAGGUUCAGUUCUCGCUUUAUUCUCAGUAGAAUCAGAAGAAGACUAAAGUUUGCUGUUGGAAAGAAUCCAUGCAAUGCUCAACAUGACUCUGAUCCUGAUCCAGAUGCAUUGUCGUCUAACAUGAGUCAAAACUGUUGUUUGGGAGAAGCGAUAGAGACUAAUCCCGGGAAGGGUGUUUCGGAUGGAGAAACAUUGCCUGACAUUGCUUCAAAACGUGAGGCUAAUAAGGAGGACACUAUCCAUGAAAGUGAAGACUCGAAAAAGAAUAUGUGUGGUAUAUACAUUGCUGCCAAGAAACACCUGUCUGAAAUGCUUGCAGAAGGAGACGAUGCUGAUUCACCGGAUAAGGAAGUACCAAGAAUUCUUGGGAAGAUUCUUUCUCCCCCUGAGUUCUCCACACCAGACAACAGUCCUAGAGUGAACUUGGCACUUGAUCAUCAGCUAAUCGAUAAACCAAAGAUUCAGCAGUGCAGUUCAGAAGGUUACUACUAUGAAGAAACAGAGUUUAUGCCAGUUCCAGAAGACACUGGGAUGGAAGAGGAAGAGAAGACUGUUUUGGAUUCGUUGUCUGAAGUAAUUAGCUCUUCCAUUAUCCAACAAGAUGCAUAUGUUGAUGAGGAUGAGCAGAAGCAACUCUUGGAAAAGGAAGUAGUCGACGAAGGGCGAUUACCGUGUUCUCCACCAAACUCUUCAGUGAGAAUGUCUGAAUGCCAAGAAAAUACCACAGAUGUAUUGGGAAAGUCAAGUCCUGUGUCGGUUCUUGAGCCUCUCUUUACCGAUGAUGACACUAGUCCAAACAGCUCCAGGUUCUCUUCAGCCGAAGUGCGGAUGCAACCACUGUGCAUAAGAUUCGACGAAGCUGAUUCUCCAAGACCGGAGAAAGACAAUGAUGCCAAAACUAGAAUGGAUGACAAGGAAUUGGCACUUGAAUACAUUCAAGCCGUGGUGAAAUCCUCAGAGUUGAACUGGGAAGAGCUUUUGGCGAGAUCUUUUUAUUCGGAGAAGAUUCUUGAGCAGGCUCUAAUGGAUGACAUAGAUUUCUGUUCGACAAAUCUAUGCAGCGAUAAGAAACUCCUUUUUGACUGUAUCAAUGAAGUUCUUAUGGAGUUUUGUGGACAUGGCCCUUGGAUUUCAUUCGUCAAACCUUCAAUACGGUUUUUUCCAGACAUGGAAAAUGCUGUUGAAGUGGUACAAGAAGAAGUUUACUGGCAUCUCUUACCUUUGCCUUCUCCUCACACACUAGACCAGAUAGUGCAGAAAGACCUGGCUAGGACUGGAAACUGGAUGGACCUCCGCUUUGAUAUUGGUUGCAUCGGUUCUGAAACAGGUGAAAUAAUCCUUGAUGAACUAUUAGAAGAGAUAAUCAGCAACUGCACAGACUUGGUCCAACCUGAAACAAUCAACAAGGUGAUUCAUUGAGUCUCACUGCUCCAACACUACCAGACAAUAAAGAAAGACACUCAUGGUCAUCUCUAGAGGCUCCUCUGUUUACUCUGUACAGUUUCACUUCCACUACAAUGGACAAGCUCUACUUUCAGUUCUUGUGCAGAUACACACAACCACAGUUUUUAAUACCCCAACGACUGCAAAAGAAACCUUUUGUUUUGUUUCUUACAGUCCUUAUUUCCAUUUGGCUUCUGUAAAGUUUUGAGUUCUGUUAGUUGUGAAUGUUGUUAUAUGAGGAUGAAUAAAACAAGGCUUGAACUUAAACAA